CGUUAGUGACCGAACUGCCACUGAAGAAAAAGAAAACUGAGAUAAAAGGGAAGACCACUGUUCAAACCUUUAAACAGGAACAGCACAAACAACAUGAUGCUCGUCAAAACCAGGAUGAGAGCCAGGAACAAAUAGCCGUUUGCCAAAAAAUAGCAACAUACAUGGCUAAUAAAGUGUCGGUCACAGUAUGGAAAGGAGAUUUAUGUGCCUUCAAAGUGGAUGCAAUUGUGAAUGCAGCUAAUGAAAGUCUCUCUCACAUGGGUGGACUUGCAAAGGCACUGUCUGCUACUGGAGGACGUACUAUCCAAGCAGAGAGUGAUGUCUUCAUUGCCAAAAAUGGCAAAUUAAAGGCUGGACAAGUUGCAGUUACCACAGCAGGCAAACUACCUUGCAUGAAGCUGAUUCAUUUGCAGUGAGCUCUGGAAUAUUCAACUUUCCAGUCUCAAUUUGUGCUGAUGUUGUAGUCACCACAAUCAAAAAGUACAUUAAACAUAAGAACCCCACAAGUCCUCCAUUUGAAAUACACCUGGUAAACAACGAUGAUCCAACCGUGAAGGAAAUGGAAAGGGCCUUCAAAGAGAUCCUUUUGGAGCCACUCUCUGAUGUCAGGAGGACAGGGCCAGAGGAUUCUCCAUCUACACUGGAAAGGACAGAGCACCUUGAGAGAAACACAACCGGUCUAACAAAGGACACUGCAUCACAGGUCGCAUAUUUGUGGAAACAACAGGAAACGGAAGUUGUUGUUUCUGUGGUCCCAUCUCAGAUUAGAGGUAACAACUUUGUCAUACGUCACAGUGAGUUCCUGACCCUUAGACCACACAGCUGGCUUGUUGGAGAGGUAUGUAAUCCAGGUAUUAACCCGCCUUCCCCCCAAAAGUACUGCAUAAGGAUAACGUUAAAGCUGGGGCAGAACAUUAGUUGUUCCCUACACAUUCAGUAAGUACUGCUUUAGAUCUACAUUCCAGGCAUAUCCUCAUGACUGAAUACUGAGUAUACCUAAGUAAAAAACUCUUUAUUAACCUUUGUAUUCAAAAAAUUUAUCAUGUUUACAAAGUAAUAAAAGUUUAUUUAUUAUACUCCUCAGGUCAUUGAAAGUCUCCUGCACCACUGGGCCAUUCGGCUGAAUCUGGGGAAUAAUAUCUACAUUAUGAACCACUACACGAGCGGUGUGAUCCUCUAUGGAGAGAGAGAACUAAUCAGGAGACAAAGCUUGUCCAAGGUGAACUUUGACAACUAUCGAGCCAUUUUAUCCUUUGUGAACAUUGGAAAUGUACACUGGAAGUUUCUGUACAUAAAUGCAGAUGACAGCUGUCUGUAUUUGGUCGAUCCUUCAAGAAACUCUUUGGAGCAGGAAGAGUCUGACCGUGCAGCCAAAAGAUUCCGUGAAUACUUCAAAAUGAGAAGGACAUGCUACAACAAAACAGACUGGGUGAAUGUGAGACUUCAAGGAGGAGUACUGACACAUCCAUUUCAACGUGAUGGUUCUAGCUGCGGAGUAAUGGUCAUCAUGAUGGCCAAAGCAGUAAUGGAAGCAUUCCCAAAUAAACCAGAAAUGACAUUUUGGACGACAAAAAAGAGAUGGCCCAGGCACGAAGGACAUUUGCACAGACAAUACUUGAGGCCUCAGUAUUUGACAGUGACACCAACUGUGCCAUGUGUGCAACAGCGAAACCACCCAAUCCAGGACCCUCCAUCACUGACUGGAUCCAGUGUGAUAACUGCAACUGCUGGUUCCAUUCUGAAUGCCUGGACAUGACAAAUGAACAGCUCAGCAGCGCUCAGAAGACAGAGUGGAAGUGUGUGCUUUGUGUAACCUAAUUCCACAUGCAGUGAAAGGUACUAGAAUAAUCUGCUUAUAGUUAUUAU